UACGACACAUUGACACGCUCAGAACUAAUUUUAAGAAUCAAAACCUUAGAGAAUCAAUUAGCUAAAAAAAGCCCUUCUACAAGAAAGUUUUUAAAACAAGAAAAACCAUUUGAUAUAACAAAAUAUGGGCAACAACGUAUUGCAAUCAAAGUAGCUUACCUUGGUUGGAAUUAUUAUGGAUUUGCUACUCAAAGUAAUGAAAAAACUUAUCCUACAGUAGAGGAUCAACUCUUUAAGGCUUUAGAAAAAUGUCGACUCAUUCAUCAUCGUGACGAUUGUGACUAUUCUCGGUGUGGACGAACUGAUAAAGGUGUUAGUGGGCUUGGACAAGUGAUUGCACUCAAUAUCCGUAGCACUAAUAAAAAAUUAGAUCCUAGUUUACAACAACAACAACAGCAGAAUAAUGUCAAUUUUACACCGCGCUAUAUAGGUAUCUUGAAUAAAACUUUACCGCCUGAUAUACGUAUCUUGGCUUGGGCCCCUGUUGAUGCCACCUUUAAUGCUCGGUUUGACUGCAAGUCGCGUACAUAUAAAUAUUUUUUCCAAAGGGGAAGCUUAGAUAUCGAUUUGAUGCGAAGGGCAGCAGAUUAUUGUGUGGGACUACAUGAUUUUAGAAAUUUUUGUAAACUGGAUCCUGCAAAGAAUAUAACAAGCUAUGAGCGUAGGAUCCUUUCAUUUGAUAUUAAUCCAGUCCAAGAAGGAGGAGAGGAUCUAUACGAGGUGAAAUUAAAGGGAAGUGCCUUUUUAUGGAAUCAAGUGAGGUGUAUAAUGGCUAUUCUAUUUUUGGUGGGGCAAAAGUUAGAGUCACCAGAGGUCAUGAAGGAUCUUCUUGAUGUUGAGAAGGUACCUGCAAAACCACAGUAUGCUAUAGCCCAUAGUUUACCUCUUGUCCUCUAUGAUUGUGAAUAUGAAAAGAAGAUAGACUGGAUCUAUAUAGAUGGAACUAAAGAUGAUACGCAUAAUUUAAUUACACCCUUGAACACCUAUCGACUCUUUCAUGAAAUGUGGGAGAAACACGCUAUUCAUAGUAUCUUAUUUAAAACAUUCUUUAAACAAAUUGAGCAAUUUCCUAUUUCAUCUUUAGAUAAACGUAUUUUAUUAAAAGAUGAUUUACACAAAGAUGGGCGAAUUUCAAUGCUAUUAGGUGCUGGAACUGAAUAUAGGACACGACAUUAUGUAAAGUUAUUAGAUAGACCUCGAGUGGAUUCACAUGAGGUGAAAACAGAAAAAUAUAGACUAAAAAUGAAUAAUAAA